GUGGUCGCGGAGCGGGGCUGCGCGGGCGGCGGCUGGGCCAAGGCCCCGUCACUAGACGCGCGGGUGACUCGGGCCGGCCGCGGUUUGCGGCGCUAGCGGCGGCAGGAGGAGGCGGUACCCGGCGCAAGGUAACAAUGACUUCACCAAAUAAAGCACUAGAACUACAGCUGCAAAUGAAGCAAAAUGCUGAAGAGCUGCAUGAUUUUGUGAGAGAAUUAGAAAGCUGGGAAAAAGAUGUUAAGCAGAUGGAUUCUGAAUUGAGGCAACAGAGUGGUGUCCCAGAAGAGAAUUUACCACCAAUUCGAAAUGAGGCUUAUAGGAAAAAGAAGAAGAGCACAGCUAAAGUACCUUCUAAGAAAACCACUGAGGAAAACAAAAAAAACAAGAUAAAAUCUUAUGACUAUGAAGCAUGGGGAAAGCUUGAUGUGGUACGUUAUUCCAGGCAUAUGGACAAAAUACUUGAAGAACUUGACAAAGAAGAUAGUACCCAUGAUUCCUUAUCUGCAGAAUCGGACUCUGAAGAAGAUGGAAUUCAUAUAGAUGCAGAAAAAGCUCUUGCUGAGAAAGAAAAGGGCAAUAUGUACUUUCAACAAGGAAAGUAUGAUGAAGCAAUAAAAUGUUACACAAAGGGGAUGAAUGCUGAUCCUUACAAUCCAGUCCUCCCCACAAACAGAGCAUCUGCUUUCUUUAGAAUGAAAAAGUUUUCUGUUGCUGAAUCUGACUGCAAUUUAGCACUUGCACUAAAUAAGAAUUAUACAAAGGCUUAUUCCAGGAGAGGAGCUGCUCGCUUUGCUUUGCAAAAUCUUGAGGGGGCCAAAGAAGAUUAUGAAAAGGUUUUAGAACUGGAUCCAGAUAACUUUGAAGCAAAAAAUGAACUCCAGAAAAUCGAUCAGGUUCUAACAUCAAAAGAAAAUUCACAACAAAACGAAACUGAAGAAGUUGGAAAGAAGCUUGAAUUAACAGAAGAAGAAAAGAAGCAAAUAGAAGAGCAGCAGCUCAAGCAGAAGGCUAUUGCAGAGAAAGAUUUGGUUCUUCUAGAUUUAUUGCAGGAUGGGAUGGUGGAAGGAGGAUUGUCCCUGAAUAAAAUAAUUAGGAGCCUUUUUUUAAUGGUCUUUUUUUUUCAUCAUUUUUCAAAGCAACAGUGGUGCCAGGGAAAUGGAUAUUUCAAAGAGGGAAAAUAUGAAGCAGCAAUUGAAUGUUAUACACGUGGUAUAGCAGCAGAUGGCACCAAUGCACUUCUGCCAGCUAACAGAGCUAUGGCCUAUCUAAAGAUUCAAAAAUAUGAAGAGGCAGAAGCAGACUGCACACAAGCUGUACUAUUAGAUGUUUCCUAUUCUAAAGCUUUUGCCAGAAGAGGGACUGCCAGAGCAGCACUAGGAAAGCUAAAAGAAGCUAUGCAAGAUUUUGAAACAGUUUUGAAGUUGGAACCUGGCAAUAAACAAGCAAUAAAUGAACUAACCAAAAUACAGAAUGAAUUAGUUGAGAAAGGGCUGUGGACUUACCAGGAAUGUCCUGAACCAUCCGCAGAAGAAACAGAAAUACGAAGCCUAGUGCAGCCCAUUGAUAAACCCUUACAUCUUCGAUCAACUAAACCUUUGAGAAGAAUAUUCAUUGAAGAAGUAGAUGAUGAGAUGCAGAAUAUUGAUGUGCCUAACACUACUACUCUAGUCAAUAAUUGGAUUAAUUCUACAAGCGUAGAAACAACAAAGAAUCCAAGUCAAGAUGACCUCUUAACCACAUCUGAGACUCCUAGAGCAAAACAAUUGAAAAUAGAAGAAAUCAGUGAUACACCAGCCUUCCAACCUCCUACCAGUGUGAAAGAUAUGCCAUCAGCUACACCUCAAUCGUCCAGUCUGAGAAAUCAUCUAGAAAAAGAAAAAAUAUUACUUCCUGCAUCCACAUCUGAUGUCCCUGCAAUCCCUGCAAAUUCAUUCCAGCUUGAAUCUGAUUUCAGAAAAAUGAAAGGCUGCCCAGAUAAGAUGUACAUGUACCUAAAGCAAAUAGAGCCUUCACUUUACCCUAAGAUGUUCCAAAAAUCCUUAGAUCCAGAUGUAUUUAACCAGAUUUUGAAAAUUCUGCAAGACUUUUACAUUGAGAAAGAGAAACCAUCUCUCAUCCUUGAAAUUCUCCAGAGGCUAUCUGAAUUAAAAAGAUUUGAUAUGGCAGUGAUGUUUAUGUCAGACUUGGAGAAAAAAACUACACAUGUAUUGUUCAGUCACAUGAACCAGUCAGGAUUGGAGGAUAAUUCUGUUGAAGAGUUGAAGAAGAAAUAUCGUGUUCAGUAUUAAUGAGAUUACUGAUGUUACAUAUUUAUAUAUGUAAACUAGUCUGAUUCCGCACCUCUUCUCUGAGCUACUUGUACUGAAGUCAGUGAAAGUUACAUCCAUGAAGUUGUAUUUAUGUAGAUAAUGAAAUCCUUGUACCAGACAAAACCAAAUGGCAAGUGCCUAGAAAGGAUAAUGUUCUAUGCCCCAAUUCUGCAAUUGUGCCCAUUAUUUCAGAGCCCUGUGUGGCACCAGGAGGACUCUCCCCAGGCUUAACAGUCCACUUGAGUAGAUUGAGUUGCAGGCUAAAGGCUGUAGCCGGGCAGUUAUUCAGAAAUAAAGUGAAUUAUUUAUAAACGUGGGUUUUGGUAAGAAUAAUUUGGUACCUUGAUGAUUAUUAAAAGAUCAGCAUUAAUUUUAUUUUGGGAAAUAAACUUAACAGUGUUUAAUUCAAAAUAUCAAAAUUGGCUGGUAUAAUUUAUUUUAACAUAAAAUGUACUAAUUAAUGAACUUACAUUUCUCAGAUAAGCUAAAUUGUUACUUAUCUUUAAAUAGAUGCCACUCAGGACAAUAUGAAAACUUCAUCUGAUGCUCAGCAAACUUGGGGUCUGAUGGCCAGUAAAUUCCAAAUUUCUUUAGCUGAGGUUGCCCAAAAGCUGAGUUCUAGGCACUGAUAGCUGAGAUGCCCCAGUGAACCUCACUACCUGCAGUAGUACAAAAGGAAUCUCUCUUAAAUAACUAUGUUCCAGACAAUGCGAGAUUUUUAAAAUAGUCACGAAGACCCUGAAUGGAACCUGUGGCUGAAUGAAUAUAUAUAUAUAUAUAUAUAUAUAUAAUUAUAUAAUUAUAAUGAAUGUAUAUUGCACCACACAGAGAGCACAAUUCUUAACAGUCCUAUUAAUCCAUCCCCUUUACAAGCUGGUAGCUAUGCAGUAUUUCUUUUUAUAUUGAGUUUUAACUAAUUACUAUUGAGAUUUCUUCUUCUAUCGAAAAAAGGUCUUAUUUGCCACCCUUUCAAUUGGACUUGUGCUCUUAAGUCAUUUAGAUGCUUUGAAAAUCUCACCCUUUAUCCUAUUACCUAUACACAAGAGGUCCACAUUCAGGUUGUACAGGCAAACUUAAUUCUGGCAAUUUCUAACUUUUGAGCGCUUGAUUUUUCAACCUCAGUGUUAAGUUACUCUUUGUAAAAAUCAGACCAGCUAACAAACCAAUAAAACCUAAGAACAACAAGAUGGAUAGAGCUGA